GGAGUCUCCAUGCUGCCCUCCUGAAAGGGGAGGGAGGGGAAGGGAAGAGAGAGAGGCCAAAAAAAUCGCCCGUUUCGGCGCUUCGAGGUGUGGCAGUCUCUCCUGCAACUUCAGUCGCUUCAACCAAUAGGAGAGGCAGGCUGGGGGGAAAGGAAGGCUGGGAGGAAGAGACAGCAACGGCAACAGAGAUGGCGCGGCUGGUCGCAGUUUGCAGAGACAGCGAGGAAGAAUUCCUUUUCGAGCGGCUGCAGAUUCCCCUCUACAUUGAUGACACCCUGACGAUGGUGAUGGAAUUUCCUGAUAACAUGCUAAGCCUCGAUGGACAUCAGCACAACGGAGCCCAGUUGAAGCAGUUCAUUCAGAGGCAUAGCAUGCUGAAGCAGCAAGAUUUGAGCAUCGCCAUGAUGGUGACGUCACGCGAAGUCCUGAGCGCCCUUUCUCAGCUUGUCCCCUGUGUCGGCUGCCGCCGUAGCGUGGAGCGCCUCUUCUCUCAGCUGGUGGAGUCCGGCAACCCCGCUCUCGAGCCCCUCACGGUUGGGUCAAAGGGAAUCCUUUCUGUCACUCCGAGCUGCAUGAGGGAUGCCAAGAAGCUUUACACGCUUUUCUAUGUGCAUGGGUCCAAAUUAAAUGAAAUGAUUGAUGCAAUUCCGAAAAGUAAGAAGAACAAGCGAUGCCAAUUGCAUUCGUUGGACACACACAAACCGAAACCCUUGGGCGAAGGGAACGGUAGCACCCCGAGCACAGAGAAGUUAGGUGCAGAUAAAAGAUCUAGCGAAGAAGACAGGAAGGAGAGCAAGUGUAGGAUCACUUUCUACUGCGGACCUUUCCAGGGAACCAGCAGAGGCUGCUGGAUGGAUAUAUGGGAACUCAUGUCCCAGGAAUGUCGAGAUGAAGUAGUCUUAAUCGAUUCUAAUUGUCUGUUAGAAACACUAGAAACAUACCUCCGGAAGCACAGGUUUUGCACCGACUGCAAAAACAAAGUCUUGCGGGCUUACACCAUCCUGAUCGGCGAGCUGGACUGCAGCAAGGAGAAAGGUUAUUGUGCCACCCUUUAUGAAGGCCUGCGCUGCUGCCCCCACGAGCACCACAUUCAUGUCUGCUGCGAGACCGACUUCAUCGCCCACCUCCUCGGCCGAGCCGAACCCGAGUUUGCAGGAGGGUAUGAGAGACGAGAAAGACAUGCGAAGACAAUAGACAUUGCCCAAGAAGAGGUUCUGACCUGCUUGGGCAUCCACCUUUAUGAACGGCUGCACCGCAUCUGGCAGAAGCUGCGGGCCGAGGAACAGACGUGGCAGAUGCUUUUCUAUCUGGGAGUCGAUGCUUUACGCAAAAGCUUUGAGAUGGCAGUGGAGCGGGUGCAAGGCAUCAGCCGUCUGGAGCAGCUGUGUGAAGAGUUUUCCGAAGAGGAGAGGGUGCGGGAACUCAAGCAGGAGAAGAAGCGCCAGAAACGGAAGAAUCGGAGGAAAAAUAAAUGCGUCUGCGAGAUCCCUGCUCCUUUGCAAGUGAUGGAGGAGAAGGACAUGCGGAGCCAAGAAAAGGAAAAUUUCUUGGAAAGCGGCUGCACAGCCUGCGGCAACACGGAAGAGCAGAGCAGCUGCGUCGAGGUCAUUGUGACCAACGCAAAUGCUUCUUGCACUUGUCCCACUGGUGGCGCUUUACCGGGUUCACCUAAAAUAAAGAAAGGUUUAUCUGCUCACUGUAAUGGCAGCGAUUGUGGCUAUUCUUCCAGCAUGGAAGGCAGCGAAACUGGUUCACGGGAGGGUUCGGACAUCGCUUGCACCGAAGGGAUUUGCAACCACGAUGAAAAUGGGGAAGAUUCGUGCAUUCACCGUUGCGAAGACAAAGAAGAGGAUGGGGACAGUUGCGUGGAAUGCUGGGCAAAUUCGGAAGACGCUACCACGAAAGGCAAAAACAAGAAGAAGAAAAAGAAAAACAAGAAGUGCGAAGCUGAGCACAUCCAAAAGCUGAGCAGCUGCAUGGUGGAGACAAGUAACCGAGAGGGUCCAGGGACUGCCACGCACACAGACUUCCACCGAGAGAAGACCAAAACCCCCCACGCCGAAAUCUGUUGUCGCACAGAAAAAGCUGGGCCGCCUACGGUACCUUGGCUGGAGCACAGGAAAACAGCCUUGUUGUGUGAGGAAUCUUCAGAGGCAGCUCCUGCUCCCGAAUCAGGGAAGGGCACAAAGAGCUUGGUGGAACUCCUGGAUGAGUCCGAAUGCACUUCCGAUGACGAAAUAUUCAUCUCGCAAGAUGAGAUCCAGUCCUUCAUGGCCAACAACAAGUCCUUUUACAGCAAUAGAGAACGGUACCGACAGCAUCUGAAGGAGAAGUUCAACAGAUAUUGCCACUUGAACGAUCACAAGAGGCCCGUGUGCAGCGGUUGGUUGACAACAGCCGGAGCAAACUAAACCGAAUAAAAUUAGCUCUGUCUUUCAGUCAAACUGUCGAAAAUGACUACUGUGCGUUUUCUCUCUUCGGAAAACAGUCUCUCUAGCAACUAAACAAAAUCUUACUUUUUUUAAAAAAAGAAAAAAAAAAGACGGUGGUUUUCUCUUUCUUUCUUUCUUUCUUUUUCUCUCUCUUUCUCUUUCUUUCUUUCUUUCUUUCUUUCUUUCUUUCUUUCUUUCUUUCUUUCUUUCUUUCUUUCUUUCUUUCUUUCUUUCUUUCUUUCUUUCUUUCUUUCUGUCUUUCCUCUCCUUUCCUCUCCAGGAGGCUGGUGGAAUUUAAUCCUUUUAAUUUGGUUCCCCGCACCCCCAACCCUAUUUCCAGUUUCCGGGUCUCUAGUUUUUGACUAAAACUGAGACCAGCCCCAAACCAUCAUAAUUUAAAGCCACCUCUUUUUUAUUCAAUGUUUCUCUUAACUGUGACACUUAUCAAACAGGACAAAAAAAAAGCUUAGUGGCAAAAGGUAAUGUUGUACUUAUAACUCUGUACAGAAAUGACAAUGAGCUCAAUAUAAAGAUUUUACAAAGUAGACAUCCAUUUGCAAAAAAAAAUUAAAAAAGAUGUUCUGGAUGUAAUAUGUUGGAAGCGC